CACGUGCGAUUGGUGUGGAGGUCCAAGCUGGACAUUUGGGGUUGAACUCAUUAAAGGUGUAUGCCAGACGAGAGAUCGUACUUUCUGCAGGUGCUUUGGGGACGCCUAAGCUUUUGACUCUCUCGGGUAUCGGCGACCCCUAUGAACUAGGCAGACUCGGCAUUUCGGAUACGGUCGUGGAAAGCUAUGCGGUUGGCAAGCACCUGAAGGACCAUUUUUGCUGGGUGGGCUAUGUCAUGCUUGACAAGUAUGUCCAGAACAGAGACGAUUGUGAGUCUGGGGUACUGGGAAAGGAACGCCUCGGAAUAUUCCUGAAUAUUACUGCAGAUGGUGGAGGAAGAGAGGAGGCAGGCGACGACGCAUUGGAUGAGGGAGACAUCAGGAAGCUGAAGAUUUUGAACAGUAUUCAAACUUACAGGGAAGAAACUAACCCCUCCAGGGACGAUUCUUCAAGUACAGCGGAUAAAAGUAAUACAUUAACUUCUGUUGGAAAGACGAAGAUAUCAAGAAAGACAGGACACCAAGAACUCGAACAUCACAGCAGCAUUAGUUCUGAGCAAGACCUGACGCAUUAUAUGAGUGCUGCAGAUCAAUUUGCCGUAGAAGGUGAAAUCCGCAUGUUCAGCAACUGCGUUGAGGCCGAUGCGGAGACGUUGCGCAAGCGCACAGAUGAAGUUACCAAUAAGACAAAGGAAACUCGUAGUGAUAGUGCCAAAGAAGACGAGCCCUCAUCUGGCGAAGAGGAUCAAGCUGAAGACGAGUCAAUAAAUUAUGACUUUUCAUCGACGUCUAGUGCCAAUAAUUGAUGUCUGUAGUAACUCGACAAAUGUAAACGGCGAUAGAUGCGAGGACGAUCUUAUUGUCAUGGUUGAUUAGAGGUGCCAAUGUCCUUGUGUUCGUCGGUGGCAUUAUAUUUUUGGAGGAAGCUGCUAGUUAGUACUACAUGUAGAUGUACAUAAGUAGUCAAUUCUAUUUCAAUUUCUAACAAACCAUAAAAGACGUGCAAAUCCAACAGGUGCCGACGGAGCAGAUCCAUUACACCGUGGAAUUCGUUCAGAUGCGUCCGAAGACCACAGGACGUGUUUACUUGGCGUCCAAGUCGGCGAAUGCUCGGCCGAUCCUGGAGUUCCCAAGAAUAUUUGAUGAGGAUUAUCAAUACAUGUUACGGCGAUGAGGAUUUGUCUGUCACACAAUAUUACUCAACACAUCAUGCGAGUACGAUUACUCGAGGAUUAUGCUAGUACCCAAAAACUUUUUGACUACCUCAUCUUCUGACUCAUUCUGUACUAGUUCACAGUAUUAUUAGCUACCUCUUCUAAAUCUAGCUGGCAUGUCACGUUGGAUGGGUGACCAGUUUUCUGCCUCUGGCGUCUCCAGUGAGCCCAUCACCGAACAAGCCUUUUCUCCUGGCGCCUAUGAAUCUGCCAAAGCCACAGCAAGAUUAUACCAGCACCCCUGUUGCAGUGCUGGUGUCAAUCGAGUAUUGGAUCCUUGGCUUAGAGUGAAGUUAGGGUCUACGUUAACUCAUUUUCGCACUUCGUAGUAGAAGGCUGCUAGUUCAUUUCCGUGACUUAUAAUUUUGCUCUGUCUCCCAUUUCUUCUUGGGACACCCCUAAAAAAGUAAAAGUCAGGAAUCUGGUAGGAAGACGAAAUGAAUUAGAAUUUUUACUGUUCUUGUCUCUCAGAGAGUAGACUCUUCCUUUGUAGAUAAUUCUUUUCCUCUCUCUCUUCUCUUUUCUCGAAGCCACGGUGUCCGAGGAUUACGUGUAGCAGAUGCAUCAGCGUGGGAAGAGAUUCCUAGUUCUCAUUUAGCAGCGCCAACGAUGGCUCUGGGCUAUCUCUGUGCGAAGUGGAUGCUGCAUGACGCUGCUGCUGCGGAAGAUCAGACCACUAUUAUGUUCUCGACCUCGUUUAUUAUAGGAAAACAACACACAAAAAUACGUCGUCCAAUGAAUGGAUUUUUUUUGAAUUAGUACUGCAGAAGCAGAAGAGUUGUGGCACUAGUUACUCUCAAUUAUAAUAUGGUCGUAUAGAUUUAUUAUCUACAAUGAUCGAACGAUUCUAGCUUCUAAUGCUCAUCUAUUCGGAAGUACUAGGGGAGAUAGGGAAGUUCCGACGGAACAACCGCCGAAAACAAAUACUGACUCAGGAGACAGUGAGGUUCCUCAUUUGCUGCGGUCUUUAGUUGAGGCAGCAAUGGCUGACAAUGUUGGGGAGAGCGAUAUGCAACAAUUAAAGGCAUACCUGAAUCUGCUCUUUCACGGGCGUCGGUCUGUGGUAGACCUACGACGACAAGAAGAAGUAGACGAUCACGUCCGUCUCAGAGAAGAAGUGUUGCAACGGGUAGCAGAUGCAAUACUCGCUGUUCAUAAGCUGGUUCUCGAAGCGAUGAAAGCAAGAGACUGGACAUUGAAGAUACCGUUCCUUUUAUGGUGCUGCAAGUAGUUUUUGUUUCAUGCAUAUUUUUAAUUUAUCAAGCCGCUCCUGGCUGCCGCUGCUCCUGACUGCUACAACAGACACCUUUAUUUUUGGGUUGUUCGGCCAUAGCAAGCCCAAAAAGAUGAAUAAGACAGGAAAAAAGCGCAAAGCUACUCUUUUUCAUAUGUCACAGGAGCUGCCUUGGUGGAACUAGUGAUGCAGACCUAUCUGCGACGCGCGUUUGAGCUCAGCUUUGGAGUCGACGAAAAACAGAAGAUAGAAACUCACGUCAAUCAAAUGCUGGCUUGGUUGAGACCAAGGAUGGGACUAGAUUUCCGAAAUCGUCGCCUUGAGGAGGAAAUCCAAGCAGUCAUUCACAAUCAUAUAGAAGACGCAGGAGGAGCUUUCGAUGGAGUAGAUGAAACGAUAAAAGGCAGUAGGAAGAUGGACUUAGAGACGAGUUCGACGGCUUCGUGUCCUAUUCCAGCAUUAGACGUGAUGCAUCGGUAUGAAAAGAAGGUGCUGGAAAAACUGACCCAAGAUUUCGAGAGGUUACCACUAGUGGGGACAGAAGCCGAGAAGAGUAACGAACAAGUCCCAGCACAUGGUGGCACAUCCACCUCUGGGCCUGGGGAAGACAUGAGCUCACAGGCGGAAGCAGAGGAAGAAUCUGUAUCAAGUAGUGCAGUCUCCAUAUCAGAAAAUGAGCCACGCUACAUGCAAUCGCCGACAAGGGAUAUAUUGUUAAGGCUACGCAGUAGUAACAUGAACGGGGGGAGUGAGAUGAAUACAUAGAGACUCUCUCGAUGUCGUCGUUUUAUUUUCCAACUCCUAUUCAUCUUCUUCUUCCUUGGAAAAAGGUGUUUUUACUACAUCUAGACAUGUGAUUAGCCUGAAACUUUCUUCUCAAUCUAAGCUCCGCUUUUAUGGCAGAGACAGUACCCGGCGAGGACUCAGUAGUAGAGGCGUCUUCGCUGCCGCAAAUCGCGUUUGGUACGGGAACGAUGGAUGAGCGUUUUUUCUUAGAUACCUGCGUUUCCUUUCUGCGCAAAGGCGGCCGCGUCCUCGACACAGCGCAUAUGUACGAUAACUAUGAGCAGAUCCGAGAGUGUAUCCGUGAUUCCCAGAUUCCGAGGGAGCAGAUAGUGCUGAUAACGAAAGUAAUGCCCCUCGGAAGAAAGGAAGCCCAAAAACACGUGGAAGCGGCAGUUGAGGGACUAGCAACAGAGGAGAACUAUUUGUACUUAAGGCUUAGAAGAAAGGAGAAAAUUGAAUUUUUACCUGGCAGGCACCACGCACUUAUCUCACACUCACGCUUACCUCGUCAUUUGUACCUAGCAACAGAUAUUACGUACAGACGAAGAUUAUUUGUAAUAAAGGCUUGAACGACCUUGAGCAUUUUUAGCAUGUGAAUGGGAUGGAUGAAUUCUGGUCAACAUGGAUCAGAAGGAAAGCAUGCCAUUAUCCGACAUCUCUCAGAGUUGUAAAUAGCAUUUACAGUGAUCUUUUAGCGACAAGAAUGAGUUCGAAUUUUUUCUGCUUUUUUCGUCUAAGUUAUAAAAAAAUCUUUCCAUUGGACUACGUUCUGGUACAUUGGCCUGGCAAUAGUGAGGGGAGGAAGCUUCAAAUACGUGUACCAGCGGAUUGCGCUAUGGUAGAGGUUGGAAAAACGGCCGAACAACAAAACAUUUAAGGCCGGAUAUGUGACAUCAUCAUUUGGCUGCUUAGGUUGAACAUCUCCUUGCUUCCUAUGCGUGAUUAUGCUAUGAUCAUCUCAUCCUUUGGAGUAAAUAUUUAUCAGAGUGCAUUACGCUCGUAUUACCGGCAAGAAGUUACGAUCGAGCGAUGCAUUAAAGGCAAAUUAUGCUUGUGCAAGCAAGACAGAUACGAAAAGAAGAUUGGUGCCUCUAAUUUUUAGAAGAGGAAGAGAGGGCGUUGGCGAAGACAGGAGACCAACCGGGAAUACCACCAAGACCGUUUAGUGGACCUCGAACAAGGCAAAAUGCGGUUCAGUCGUCUCUUAAGGCUAUACACAGUUUUUGUUUGCAACUUCGUGUAACAGUCUUCUUUUACUAGUCAUCUGCUGUUGAGUUGCAAGUGCAACUUUUGUGUUUGACUAGUCUGUCGUUGAAGCAAGAGCGCCGGGCAUUGCUUUCAUCUUUGUCAGACGAGUCCUAUGUUUGUAGAGCCCUUUAACGUACUAGAUCUAGAGUCCUCUGAAGUAGAACCAGAAGCAGCUCCAACUGCCUCUAGGUUUCUCUGAGGUUUCUCUAAGGUUACCGGCGAGUCGUUAACUCCAAGUGUCGUCCAAACCGAUGCGUGGCAGCGUUGCAGAGAGGAGACCUACCAAGUAUUGAUCGAGUAUCAACAACGAGGCCUUAUCAUUAUGGCCAAAGAAGAAAUACAGGAUCGUAGUACUGUGAAUAUUGACUCUGACAUACCACAUCAUGGCUAUCAGAGUAGAUGGCAAGAAUCUUCGAGUGCUAUCAUACUGAAUACUGACUCUGACAUACCACACUGAAUACUGACUCUGACUCUGAUCUGGCUAUCAGAGUAGAUGGCAAGAAUCUUCGAGUGCUAUCAUACUGAAUACUGACUCUGACAUACCACACUGAAUACUGACUCUGACAUACCACAUCAUGGCUAUCAGAGUAGAUGGCAAGAAUCUUACCACACUGAAUACUGACUCUGACUCUGAUCUUCGAGUGAUUAAAAAGAUGAACUUCUCUAAUGUGAAGAAAAUCGGAUUUUCGAAUUUCGGACUGGAUCAUGUGAACCAGUUUUCUGAACGUUUCCCGGCUAAUCCGGCGCAAAUGCAUCAAAUGGAGAUAAAUCCAGCUUAUGCGGAUUAUCCGGUGAUAGAGACGCAUGCGGCGCAAGCGGCUUACUACGAAAGCAUUGGGCAGCCGUGGAAUAAGUGCGUCAUCAUGGGAUAUGGGAUGCUAGGAGUAAUUUUUCACUUUUACUUGAUGUCACUUGUUGCGCUGGAGAAUCUUGAAUAAAUUAAGGGUAGGUUAAAGGUGCUUUUCUUACCGCUUUUUAUGGCUUCCUUAAGGGAGACAGGCAGAAAAAGCGGGAUACACGAGCACCAAAAACCUACCGCUAAAUAAAGCAAUCAAAUAAAUAGUGCUACCUCUGUGAUGGAGAUUAAUUGUUAUGUAUAGAACAGUUUACAGAGGGUGCACGCACAUGAUGUAGUACCGAAUGAAGUUUUUUAGGUACAAUUAUAUAGACAUACUCUUACGUGGACAUAUUAACAUGAUCACCAUCACCAACAACAUCAUCAUAAUAUUAGGGCAACAAUCGCGGACAGUUAAAUCUGAAGCACGUGGAGCAAAUUGCUCGACGGAAUAGCAUGGACCGAUUCGCGAUGCUCACGAAAUGGAUUGCAGAAUCCCUACGUGGUGUGGUCACUGUGGCCAGCCGCGACACCUCUCGUCUCGAACAAGCUUUGUGUUAUGGCGUCUGGUUAUCUAGAGCAAUACUUUGAUUUUGAAGGAACUGCAAUUUGAAAAGUUGUAAAUAUACUGCAGAGACAUGAUCUGGCUCGACCUUCGCUGUCUGUGUCUUGCCCUCGGUCUUGAUCACAUUCAGAGUCUGUCUCUACGGUGCUACGGACAGCACUCUCUUCAGAGGCAUACACAUGACAUGACGUUGAAUGCUCGACGCCUUCUUGUCUACGGAUGACAAUUUCUCUACGACUCUUGUUCAAGUCAUCCAUCAUAAGGCAAUCAAGAUUGUCAUCUACAGACAUCAUCUUCAUCUACUUCACUUUUAGUCGAAGCCCAUAAGUAACAAUGCUGGAGCACCACUUUCUAAUCAGACAAGAAAUAUAGCUUUUUUUGAAUAUGAUAUUAUGCUCUAACCCACUACUGCUACUACUAAGCUCUAAUCCUCCACGUGGAAAACGUAUCCGACGCCUAUAGUCGUUUCAGAUGCGACUUAUCUGACGCAAGUGGCCAGCAACUAUUUCCGCAAAGCUUACACCCCAUAUCCAGAUGAAAUAUUAUAAGGUUGAAGCAAGUAACAUUAUUUAUAACGAACAUGUUGUUAACAUUCAAUUUAGAUGAAUCGAGGAUGAGCUAUUUUCUCAUCGGACUAAGAAUUGCUCUUCUAUUAGCACAGAAAUGUCUUAUGUAACUUUCUUUGAGCUAAACCACUCUUUAUUACAUGUUGAAUAAAUCUUGAUGUUAUAAAAAAGAACGAACGCAUGCACUGUAGUUCUUCGCAGUGUUAGUGGAAAUACCUGCUGAGUGCCCAUACCUAAUGAAGAAUGUGGAAAGCAAGAUGCUGAUGGUCAUGAAAUGUUCGACAGUCAUACUACGUAGGGACGGCCGAAAGUCAAGAUUCGAU